AUGUCACUUUAUCCGUAUAAUUCAGAUGAAGAUGAAGCUCGAAAAAAUUCAAAUUAUCAUGACUUUGAUGAGUUAGUUCCUUCAGAAGAGAUCGAAAAUGCAUCUAAACCAUCUGAUACAUUUCCAGGGCGUAAAUCGAGAAACAUCAAUGUAAUUUUGGAUCAUUCUGCAUUUGUAAGAGGAAUUGGUAAUAUAAAGCGUUGGUUUAACCAAGAAUAUAUUAAAGCACAUAUUGACCCUAAUGCCGACGAAGAAAUAUAUUUGAACAUCUACAUUCCAAGCUACACAUUACAUGAAUUUGAUUAUGUGAAGAAGGGGACUUCGAUGAUGGCAACUAAUGCGAGAGAGGCCAUUAGAUUUAUUGAUAAAAUAUUCGAAAAGGAACUCAAUGGAGAAGAUGAGACUGAUCCAAUGAACCCCGAUUCCAAGCCAGGAAAGAAGUCGAUCAUUUACGAUCUUUACAUCGAGUCGCCAAAUGAAUCUGGUCCAUCUUGGUCUGAAUGCUUAAAUUAUAAAGUACAUUCACCAAAAAUUAAGGAAUUUCCGAAUUUCAAGACAAAAUUUGACUCCAACUUAAUCGGCCAGCACCCAAUUCCACAAGGAGAAUCCUUAGAAAGCCAUAACAGUUUCGACGAAACCAAUUAUAACAACUCUUCGGCUUACAAACAAAAUAAUAAGUUGAACGAUAUUCAAUAUGAGAAUUCCCAAUCAUAUCAAAAUGCUUUGGCAAAUGCAGACGAACUUGCAGAAAUGCCAACCCGUUUAAGAUACUUAAUCAGGUCUUGUAUCUACAAAAGAUUCAUAGAAAGAAAAUCUUUCAAUAGUCCUCUCGAAGAAUGGAAGCUUGUUACCGAAGACCCAAUUACCAAGGUUUGGGCUAAAAGCUUUGGCAUUGACUGCAUGAAUGUUAAUGAAGCAGAACUUUUAAUUUUCCAAUCGUAUGACAUCAACCAAUAUCAAUUAUAUGAUCCGCGCCACACCUUUAGUGUCGACGAUGAAAGCCAUGCACCUAACAGUAUAUUGCAGAACACUAUCGACACUACCUUGUAUUCCUACACCAAGAUUGAUCGUCCUUCCAAAAGCAAAAAUAAAAACAAGAACAAAAACACAAAGAAGUCUACCAAGCCAAAGCAAAUCAAUGGGGUAGUUAGUGACGGAUGUACAGGUGCAAAUGGUGAUUUUGUCAAGAAAGAGAGAUUUGAUGCCAUUAAUUAUGCACCAAGAGGUACUGGUGACUUGUGGAAACCAUGA